GGAUCAGCUGAUCCGUCACGUGACUCGCCCUUUUGCAAGAUGGAGUUAAGCGAGUCUGUGCAGAAGGGGCUGCAGCUCCUGGCCGAUCAGUCCGCCGUGAACCACAGCAGCUUUCAGGUGCUGCUGGAUGUCUCCUUCCGGGGACUGCUCUCCUCCCGGGCCGACCCCACAGUCCUCGAUCAGCCCGAGUUGAAGCACAUGGACAGGAUCCUGCUGAAGCAGAGCCACGCAGCCCUGACCACCUUCAUCCUGGAAGCGGUCAAACACAACGCCGACAAGUCCACGAUAAGCUCCUGCUUUGAGGAGCUCACUUUCAGCACAGACAGAAUAGAAAUAUUCUUCAGCACAUAUCAGAAACAUAAAAAAGACAUGGAGCAUCUGUUGAGCAGCAUGGGCAGACGUCCACCUCACAUUAACGACGUAUCAUGGCGUCUGCAGUACCACAUGAAGAACGGGCAGCUGGAUAAGAUCAACGAGCCUUUCUACCUGAUCUCACUGAACACGGAGAAUGAAGGGUCCUCGGAGGAUAUCAACUUCACCUGCACAACGGAGCAGCUGCAGGAUCUGGUGUCAAAGUUGAAAGAUGCUGCCAAGAGUGUGGAGAAAGCCAGUCAGAUUUCUGCCAACAUGCAUCGGACCACCAGGAUAAAGAUCACCGAGCUCAACCCUCACCUCAUAUGCGUCCUCUGUGGAGGAUACUUCAUAGACGCAACCACCAUCAUCGAAUGCCUCCACUCUUUCUGCAAAAUGUGCAUUGUACGCUACCUGGAAACAAGCAAAUAUUGUCCCAUCUGUGAUGUACAAGUGCAUAAAACGAAACCCCUGCUCAACAUUAGAUCUGACAAAACUCUGCAGGACAUUGUGUACAAACUGGUUCCGGGCCUCUUCAAAAAUGAAAUGAAAAGAAGGAGAGACUUUUAUGCAGAGCAUCCUGUAGAUGCUUCCAAUGGUUCACAUGAGGAUCGUGGAGAGGUGGCGGACGAGGAUAAGAGAAUUAUCACCGAUGACGAGAUCAUCAGCCUCUCCAUCGAGUUCUUUGAUCAGACCAGACUUGUAGGAGGGGUGGAAGACAAGCAAACAAAAGAACAGGUGGCUAACAAGAGGUACCUGCAGUGUCCAGCCGCCAUGACAGUUAUGCAUCUGAGGAAGUUUUUGCGCAGCAAGAUGGACAUCCCAAACACAUAUCAGGUUGAAGUCAUGUACGAAGACGAGCCUCUCAAAGAUUACUACACAUUAAUGGAUAUAGCUUAUAUCUACACUUGGAGAAGGAACGGACCCUUACCUCUGAAGUACCGGGUCCGACCCAACUGUAAGAAAAUGAAGGUGAACCACCCCCAGCAGGAGGGUCAGAACAAUGCCAGCAGGUCCGGUCCGGAGAGCGACUCUGCCAGCGACAAAGCAGGGAGUCCCGUCGGGGCUCCCUCCACCUCCUCGUCCCUGCCAAGUCCCGGAACCCCCGCGCAGUCUCCGCACCCUCAGCUCCCUCACGGCCCGGGCAACAAUAGCAGCAGCACCGUGAACGGAAGUUCAGCUGCUGUCUCAGCCGCGGCGGGAGCUCAGACCCCGAGUCGGUCCUUCAGCCAGUUCAGCGGCGGCAGCGGGGGCGGCAGCGGCGGCAAGCCGCGGAAGGUGUCCCUGAACGGCUCGGCGACUUCGUCCGGAUGACGCGGGGCUCCGGAGCCGACCUGCCAACGCCAGACUCCCGCUCAGCUCCUACAUUUUCCAUGCCAACGUAGUCCCACUGUGUAGACAAUGUUCUCUCUCUUUCUGUCUCCAUUCGUCGUUCUAAAUAUUAUGGCAUCAUUUGUAAGUUUAAACGUAGUGGAAUCAGAGACAUUUCAAGAUAAAAGAAGGAUGAGAUGGGAAAUUUAGUCUGAAAGGAAAAUGUUGGAAGGGGAGGAGGGAAAGAAGAAGAAAGUUUGGAUAACAUGUCUCUCCCCUUUGAAAGCUACAUCUUUAUUUUACAGGAGUGACUGAAGGUGACACUUGGAUUUUGUUUUAUGUCUCUUCGAUUUAAAGGUGUUUCUCAUGAUUAAUUCAUGUGUGUUGGGAUACUUUGAAGCACAGUUUAAUGCGCAUGCUCAUUGUGACUUUUCUGUUCAGGAAGAGGCUUCAGGGUUCGGGCGUGUCCGUCCCUUUUCUAGAGUUUUUGGACAUCAGGAGUUUCUGAAGCGGGAAGCAUCAAUGGGAGAAAAAUAAAAGCAUUUCUGCCUUUUACUGGAAAACAAAAGAAAAAAAACACCCUUCCUUGUAGCUGGACUGUUCAUCCUUCACGUCUUUUAAAGGUUUCCGCGUGUAAAUAGACAAAGUGCAUAUUUAAUCAGCCAUGGUGUUAUUCUCUAACUGCCCUUUGUUCUAAAGGAAGGACUUGGCUUCAUUUCAUGACAGAUGUUUUCAUGUCUCUGUUUUCUGUAUUUGUAUCGCUCAAUUGUAUGAACAACUUACCGUAUUGUUACUGUUGCACAGUAUAAAACAUCUAAAUAAAACAUUUUACACUUA